UGGUUCAGUUCCAGACCCUUACACCUUGCCUCGCCUCAACUCAACUGCUUUAUCUCCUGGGGCCGCGCACACCUCCAUCGAGCCGCAGUGUCCUGGUUUCGCAACAACAACGAUCCUACAUCUCCCAGACUCGUCCAUCGCAUUAGAAACAAACCGUCAACAUGGCAAACGACGAAUAUGACUUUCUCUUCAAAGGUGCGCCGACGACCAACUGACCUCCCAACACCAUCGCAAGAUGGGAACGACGGCACCGAAUGGCGAACUGACAUUUUGACCCUUUUAGUGGUGUUGAUUGGAGACUCGGGUGUCGGAAAGUCCAACCUUCUCAGUCGAUUUACUCGUAAUGAGUUUAACCUAGACUCCAAGUCGACAAUUGGCGUCGAGUUCGCCACCAGGUCCAUUCAGGUCGACUCCAAGACGAUCAAGGCACAGAUCUGGGAUACCGCCGGCCAGGAGCGAUACCGCGCCAUCACCUCGGCCUACUACAGAGGUGCUGUCGGUGCCCUCCUUGUCUACGACAUUAGCAAGCACCAAACAUACGAGAACGUCACGCGAUGGCUGAAGGAGCUACGGGAUCACGCAGACGCCAACAUCGUCAUCAUGCUCGUCGGUAACAAGAGCGAUUUGCGGCACCUGCGAGCUGUGCCCACGGAGGAGGCCAAGUCCUUUGCCAGCGAGAACCACCUCUCAUUCAUUGAGACGUCUGCUCUCGACGCCAGUAACGUCGAGCUCGCUUUCCAAAACAUCCUGACCGAGAUCUACCGGAUUGUAUCAAGCAAAGCCCUGGAUUCAGGUGACGGAGCCCAAGCCUCGAUCGGAACCGGCCCUAGCAUCGCGCUCAGCAAGCCUGCAGACGACAGCGCAGACAAGGGCGGCAAAUGCUGUUAA